GAAAUUAAUCACAAUGAUGCCAAACAUCUGGCAGAGGAUUCAGGCUCUGAAAAGUCAGAAAACUUGGCAAAGAGGUCUAAAGUAUCAACUAUUCGGAGGAUAUUUGAUAUGCCCAAGCAUCGAACUAAGAGAUCCUCUUUUAUCUCAACGGGAGUGAAGGUCUGCCCUCAAGAAUCAGUGAAGCAAAUUUUAGCAAGCCACCAAGCUUAUUAUAGGCUAAGAGUUUGCCAGGAAGCAGUAUGGGAAGCUUUCCAGAUCUUUUUGGAUCGGAUUCCCGGUACAACCGAAUACCAGAACUGGGUGACAUCUUGUCAGAGAGAAACUUUCUAUAUAUUUGACAUUGGCAAAAAUUUUAGUAAUUCCCAAGAGCACCUGGAGAUAAUUCAAAGGCGAGUAAAGCACAGAACAUUCCAGGAUAGAAAAGAGGACAUUUCUCCAGAAAAAUCAGGUGGCAAAAAACCUGAGGAACAGCCUUCUGUUGUUACAGUUCCUUAAUCCUUUUUUUAAAAUUUCUGCUUCCCAAUGAUCUCUACAGAUACCCUUGGGAAUGAGAUUGUCAAUGACACCAAAACGCCAGGAAAGCCAGAAGUUCCAAAUAUCAUUUCCAAGCUGCCUGUGGAGCAAACGGUGGAGUUCAGUGUCACUGUCAGCAACCAGGAAUAUACACCAGACCUGAAUAACCCGGGUUCUCCUCUGUAUCAGAAACUAGCGGCAAAAUAUCAAGUCCAGAUGCAAAAGAUAUUUGAAAAACUUGCAGGUUUCAAAGAAAUCCGCGUCUUGGGAUUUAGACAGAAGAAGGAAAAAGAUGGGACAAGCAGCACUGUGGCACAAUAUAUCGUCAACUUUGAAAGAGAUGGUUCAGAAUUACCUGCGGAUGGUACUGACAUAAAAAAAACUGAAAGCGAGAAGGGCACUCUUGGUGAAGAGAAGGAAACACCUACAUUUGUACCGAAACUAGCAGACCUUCAGCAGAUGGUUGCCAUGCUCCUACAAGAAGAUAAAUCAUUAUUCGUGGACUUUGAAACACUCCAGUUUAAGGAUGAAAUCAUCAGGCCACCUAGUGAUAUAAAUAAUGAUAUGCAGCCAAUGGUAACAGAUGUUCUGGCCGGAGCUGAGUUGACUUCUGAAAUCCCUUUCAUUUAUGCAAAUGUAGUAACAGUAACAAAAACCUUCAGUGAAGUAAAUUACCCAGGCUCCACCAUGACUUCUACUGUCUUGGAUACCACAGGGAUUCUCUUUCCUUCAACAUUUAAAGAAAUCACCACUCAGAAGAUUGAAGAAGAAACAACAAAAUAUACAAUUUCCAGCAUCCUCUCUGAGCAAAAGGAAAAGACUACAGAAGAACUGGAAUCUUCAGGGGAGGAGGAGUUGCUGCCCUUGACCACAAUCCCACCUAUCAUUCAUUCCACCGUUCUUCCAAGAGAUGAUAUUUUGGAGCCUACAGAUCAGUUGACUUUAUUGCCAGCAGAUACCUCCAGUGGCCCUACCUCCAGUGGCCCUUCCACUGACAUGGGCCAUUUUUUUGAAGCCACAAGCUCCAUGUGGGCAACCUCAACUGAUUUUGAAACAGGAGUGCAGGACCUUACCACUGACUUAGUUAUCACUGACAUGAUGGCCCCAGUGACAGUGGAGGAGGAGGAGGAGGAGGAGGGAAGUGGCUACCAUACAUUGCCAGAAUCCCCAGGUAUGACUCCAGCUCCUACCCUGAAGUAUAUAACCACAAGCUCCAUGACAGCUGCAAUCCAAAGCCAAGAGCUGGUGGUAUUCUUCAGCUUGAGGGUGACCAACAUGCGCUUUUCCAAUGACCUCUUCAAUCAGAGUUCCCCUGAAUACAAAGCACUCGAACAACAGUUCGUACAGCUGCUGGUUCCCUACCUAGAAUCCAAUCUUACAGGAUUUAAGCAGUUGGAAAUUCUGAAUUUCCGCAAUGGAAGCGUGAUUGUAAAUAGCAAAAUGAAGUUUGUGGAGUCAGUACCAUACAACAUCACCAAGGCUGUUCACUGUGUGUUGGAAGAUUUCUGCAAUGCAGCUGCUCGGCGUCUUAACUUGCAAAUUGACAGCUCUUCUCUUGAAAUAGAGCCAGCGGAUCAAGCAGAUCCUUGCAAGUUCUUGGCAUGCGGUGAAUUCUCACGGUGCCUAAAGAAUGACUGGACAAAGGAGGCAACUUGUCUUUGUAACCCUGGUUAUGCAAGAAAAAAUGGCCCGCUUUGCCGUAGCAUAUGUGAGACAGAGCCAUACCUCUGUGCUAAUGGUAGCAAAUGCGAACUGAUUCCAGGAAGAGGUGCAGUGUGUAGGUAUGUCACUUCAUUAUAUGGUUGA